AUGAGGUCGGCGGCGGGUUACAUGCCCAUUGUUGCGGAACGUGGUGGGUGCUGACGUUGUCCCGCUCAGUGAAUGGGAAUGUCCGAGGUUCCGGGAAUCGAACUGAUCCUAAACCGGGAGGCGGAGGCCAGAGCACCCCACUGUCCGCAUGGUCCAACUUUGUUGUUUGUGAAGGUAACUCGCAAGAAACGAGAAUCCAGGAGGUUUUAUGCCUGUGCAGCUUGUAGAGAUCGCAAAGACUGUAACUUCUUCCAGUGGGAAGAUGAGAAGGUGUCAGAAGCCCGGCAAUUAGCAAGAGAAGAAUUGAAUCGAAGACGACAGCCACCAUUUACCCAUCAGCAAUAUGUGGAGAGAUACCAGCGAUUUGUGUCUUUACCCUUGGCAAAUAGAACGUUCUGUACAGACUGUCAGAUUUUGCUACUUCCCGAGGAGUUGGACCAGCAUUCAACUCAUGAUCAGCUGGGACACGUCGCUCUCUGUCAACUGAAAAGACCCAGUCUUUUGCUGCUUCCACUAGAAAACAAGAAGACCAAUGCUCAGUACCUGUUUGCUGAUCGCACUUGCCAAUUCUUGUUGGAUUUAAUUGCUUCAUUGGGCUUUAGAAGGGUGCUGUGUGUUGGAACACCACGCCUACAUGAGCUAAUAAGAGUGUGCCAGUCUGAAAAUAAGGAACCGUUUAUAAAGAGUCAACUUCUGGAUAUUGAUUUCAGAAAAGCCAGAAUUGAUAUCAGGACAGUCGUAAAGUGUGAGAGAUCGAACAGUUUCAUAUGCUGUUUGGAAAUUACUGCCCCCAUCAAUGUAUAUGACAUGUUUUGGUAG